CAAUAUUUAGCGACGUUCAUGGUGCUCCGGCAUUAUUCAAGAGUGAAACGAGUUUAUUGUUAUUAACCAGAAGUUAUUUCCACUUUGAGUGUGUUAGUGGCGUCUGUGAAAAGUUCAGUUUUCUGUUUAAGUACACAGCGGCGAGUUUUAACGAGUUUUAAUGUGAUACUGAAGUUUCCCGGUGAAGAUAACUCUGUGAAGACCUCUGGAUCAACUGGCAGCCCUCUCUAGUGGCUUUUGAAAUAAUGCUCUUUAGUGCUGAGCUCUAGAUGUCCACAAUGAGUCUACGAACCCUGUCACUGAGAGCACUGUUGUUCCUGGGACUUUGGCAUACCGGGAGGAGAAGUCUAGCUUCCGCCCCAGAGCUGCAGAACCAGCCCAAAAAGAUAGCUGUGGUCGGAGCAGGCAUCGGUGGCACAGCGACUGCGUAUUACCUGAGGCAGGAGUUUGGAGCCGGGGUGAAGAUUGAUGUGUUUGAAUCUGGCACUGUUGGUGGACGACUGGCGACAGUGAAGAUCGGGGAGUAUGAGUAUGAGACGGGAGGUUCAGUGAUCCAUCCUUUGAACCUACACAUGAAGCACUUCAUUGAAAAAUUAGGUAUUCCUGCAAGGAAAGAUGUCUCCUCUAAAAUGGCAAUCUUUGAUGGAAAGGAGCUCACAUUUGAAGAGAGUGACUGGUUCAUACUUAACUUCUUACGCAUGCUCUGGCAAUACGGGUUCAACUUUCUUCGGAUGCAGAUGUGGGUGGAGAGUGUUUUGGACAAAUUUAUGAGGAUCUACCAGUAUCAGCAGUAUGGUUACUCAUUCUCCAAUGUGGAGAGGCUCUUGCACGCCAUGGGUGGUGAUAGUUUUCUUACCCUGAUGAAUCAGACUCUGGAGGAAACUAUGAUUGGUGAAGGAUUUUCGCAGAUCUUCCUCAACGACAUUGUUGCACCCAUCACUCGUGUCAACUAUGGUCAGAGUGUCCGCAUCCACGGCUUUGUGGGGGCCGUGUCAUUAGCAGGGGCAGAUUCAGGCUUGUGGGCAGUGGAUGGAGGCAAUAAGAGAGUCUGCUCAGGACUGCUGUACCACAGUAAAAGUGAUCUCAUCCCUGCCAGAGUGACUUCCAUUGCAGUCAAGGUUCGACCUUCCAAGACAGGCACCACAGCCAGUUUCUAUGAGGUCAGUUAUGUUGGGGAAUCGGGCUCAGCUCACUCUCUGUAUGACAUUGUGGUAAUAGCGACGCCACUUCACCAGGGAAAGUCUGACAUCACCUUCUCAGGUUUCUCCCCUCAAAUCCCGUCUAACUACCCCGGGCGCUACCACCAGACGGUGUCAACUCUGGUCCACGGCUUGCUGAACAUGUCCUACCUUGGGACCACACGGCCAGCCUCAGAGUUCACUGUGUCUGAAGUCCUCACCACUGACUCUAAGGGCUCUGUCAUCAACAGCCUCUCCUCUCUCGACCCUGUGCACAUCCCUGCAGGUUACAAACGGCCCCCCGCCAGCCAAACCAAAGUCUGGAAGGUUUUCUCUCCACAGCCGCUGUCUCAAGAGCAGCUGCAGAACAUGUUCCUCUCCUGGGAUUCAGUGUCUGAGAGUCAGUGGCUGGCUUAUCCCGCGUACCGACCACCGCAUCGUAAGACCCCUCCCUUCAUCCUGCACAACCGGCUGUACUACCUCAACGCUGUGGAGUGGGCAGCUAGUGCCAUGGAGAUGAGCUCCAUCUCCGCCAGGAACGUGGCCCUGCUGGCACACCAUCGCUGGCACGGACAGAACGGCAAGAUCGACCAGGAGGACCUUCACACCCGACUAAGAGGGGAGCUCUGACAAGUGAGAACUAUUUGAGAUGAGAACCAAAAGCAAUAAAAUACUAUCAAUCAAGCACAGUAUAAACCCAUACAGAUGCUCAUGGGCUUGCCUGCUGCACUGUAAUAACUCUCCAGUCAGGGCAAAUCCCAACUCUCUUUCAGGUAUCUCGGGUGCUCUGGCCUUUUUAAACUUAUAUUCUGGUUUGUUACAACUUGGUCUUAUUUUUGCAGUUUGGGCCGUAAUUUCUACCACUCAGACGAUGUACUCACCAAAGUAAUUGCUGAGAUCUGGGAACACCAUGACAUUAAAGCACUAACAUUAGUCAAUCAAAAGAUUAGUCAGUCGAAAGAAAGUUAAUUUUGAUAAUUGACUAACUGUUUAAGUCAGUUCUCAAGCAAAGAUGCCAAAUAUUCAAUGGUUAUGUCUUCUCAAAUGGUAGAAUUUCCUACUUGUCAUUGUCUUACAUUAUAGUAAAUGUUUGUUGCUGUUUUUUAGACCAAUCAAUGAAUUGAGCAAAUAAUCCACAUGUAAAUCAAUAAUGAAAAUAAUCGUUAGUUGCAGGUCUAGGUGACAUUGCUACAAAGUCUGACAGGAGAGCAAACUCCAGCAGGAAAAACAAUCAGAAAAGUUUCAAACAAGCCAACCUGAUUUUCUAGAUAAAACCAUGAGUGAGUGCACCACAGGAAAACUGUUCAAACUUCAUAUAUGGCAGGUUAAACUUGAACCAGGCUGUCAUGUACACUGACAGUGUGGGUGAUGAUUCGACCCUUGACCUGGGCGCUUAUUUAUAAUCUGUCUGGUUGUUUGACUCCUCAUGUUUCUUGCCCCUAUCUGAAGAAGCCUUUAAAGCAAAGUGUCUCCUUUCUAAGAUCUCAGAAGUUAACUUGGUGAGUACAAAGUUAUUAUUAGUGUUGGCCAAAACUAAGAAAAAAAAAAAAAAGACAAACUUUGUAAUAAACAGGAAAUGAUCAUUUAAUCGCUCCAACAGUAGCCACAGUUCAUCGCUCUGUCACCAGCAACAGCAGCACAAAUCACAAUAACAGGUGGGACUACAUUGUAUUGUGCUGAAUUUUGUAUUCACUGUGAACCACGCUGCACUGCAGGGUAGACGUAUGACUGUUCCUUUAUGUGUAAGAUAAGUGUGCAUUUCCUCCAUUAUAAACACGGUACAUCUAACAAAUCACAGACCAACCAUUGUCACCUUUUAGCCAAAUUCUUGCGUAGUGUUGACUAAUAUGACAAUGUCCCGUCAUUGAUGGAUUCAUGUGUCUUCCAAUGAUUUUCUCAGUCUCUCUACCUCCUCAGCACACUGCUGUAUGUGUUGAUAGUGAGUACAGGCAGCUGUCAGUAAGAGAGGUGUGCCACCAAGACGUUUUUCUUUGUAAAUUGGAAGAUAUGGAUGUUAUAAAGGAGUAUUAACAAAUUAAUGUGUUUUCUUAGCAUUUAAAUAGACUGUUAAUAUAAUGUGCCGUAAUUGGAAAGAGUCUAAUCACACUGACCAUUUAAACUACUGUGGUGCCUUAAGCUAUUGAAGUAAUUAGCUUAUGUGUUUAGUAGAUGAUAAGUCUCCCAAUGAUUUUAGAAAUCAAUUGUCCUUAGGGGUUUCCUGUGUCAUUUUUAAUGACGUGAAAAUUGCCAUCAGACUCAGACCACCAGGACCAAACUGCAGCGAGGCUGACGCAUUUCUGUAUUUUGUAUUUUGUAACAAAUGGAGGCGUAUUCAGUACCUGGGAUUUAUCUGAUGUCAUGUCGCUUAAAGACACUGUACCUUCCUGGACCACUUUCAUGUUCUUUAACUACUUUGGGAAGACCGCUAGAGUUUGCUGAUUGUUUCUUAAGCACUUUUAGAGGUGUAUUUUUCUAGAUGUUUGAAAGAAGUUUUGAGUAUGAGUUAAGACAUACUGUUGCCAGAAUAUUAAUUGUGCACUUUAAUUGAUAGAAAAGCUUCCGUUUUAUGCUGAAGUCCAAAUGCCAAAGAACCCCACCAAUGUGCAGUAUUUAGACUGGAUUGUUCUGGACAAAUAAAAUGAGACUUUUAUUUACAAAUUAAAUUGAUUACAAACGAUACUGAAACCCCUGUAUGUUUUGAAAGUGUUUACAAUCACAAUAAAGUGAUGAGACCUUG